AUGUUCACCCUGAUCAGCAAAGUGGUCGCUUUUUUGGGAAUACUUUCCUUUGUGAAGGCUUACAGUAUAAACCCUUACAUUGAAGAGGGAAUACCUGAAAACGCCAACAUAACUACAGAUCCUUUUGUAAAAAUAGGAAACGGCUAUUAUUACAUUGAGAAUUCUCAGACUGUAAAUUGGUAUACGGCGUACCACUCUUGUCGAAAAUUGGGUGCUGAUCUAGUUACCUUAGAGAACCAGGAAGAACUGAAGGCCCUACAGGAGUAUAAUCUAACCAGUGGGUUCUAUUGGACCUCUGGCUCAGACUUGGCGUUCACCGGAAAGCACGUUUGGUUCUCCGAUGCCGAGUCUAUAUCAUCCGAUCUUUGGCUUCCCAAUGAACCCAAUAAUGCGGAUUGCAAUGAAAGAUGUGUUUUACUUUCUGUGGCUAAUACCUUGGCAGAUUCUGGCCUAAAUGAUGUGACUUGCUCGAGGAACACUAGCUUUAUUUGCGAGUCUCCCACACCAAUGACAGCAUCCUUUGUUAUUUGGUAG